AUGCUACUCAUAAGAACACAUCGAUUCCUCAAGGUAGUCACUACAGAUGUGUACACCUACAUCGGCACGAUAGUCGAAGUACUAAAUGAGGGUCUUCCACGCACUGUCUGGAUCAUCAUAGGUGAUCGGUCAAAUCGAAGUCUCAAUAAGCGUUUAAGUCUCACAUACACUCUUAUUACUUUCCAAAUCCUGCUCGGUAUCCCACUUAUGAUAAUAUUUCUUUCAAGCGCCAAAUAUCUCGCCGCGGCUUUCGUCCCCGAGGUUGUGAGACAGCCUAGUUUGACGGAGUUCCAAACCCAUAGUAAAUAUGCAGGCGAUGAUUAG